CCUCUGUCUUGUUUUUUAACUAAUGAUUAUGUUUAAUGAGUUAAGUGAAUAAUAUCAUGGCGUAUCAUAGGACAAUUAUGCUCUAGAGCAGUGACUGUAGGUUUAAUGGCAGACGUUAUCGACACACCUACGGGCUAUAUACACUUCAAACCGGUCCAACCAGUUUUAACUUUAAUUCAGACAGAAUUGAAUACAACAAUAUCACGUCUAAUACAAUAAACUGAUACUGUGAAUAGGCAAGGUAUUCUAUAUUGGACCAAAACAAAAUGGCUGGAUUAGGGGCGGCAGCGCUUCCUUUUAUUGCCUGUGUGGCACUACUAGCAGCAUUGAUACUUCACGUUCUGUCUUUCGCGUCACCGUAUUGGGCGUACAGUGAUGGAGUUGGUCAUUUUGGUUUAUGGAGGUAUGCGGAAUGUCUGCUAGACGAUAUUAAAGACUGUUACAGAUAUGAUAUGCACUGGGACGCACCAACUUAUCUGGAUGCAAUUCGAGCUUUAGAAUGUUUAACGCUGAUAUUCUGGUGUGUACCAAUGAUGAUAGUACCUGUAUAUAUUUAUGUAGCUCUUGGUUUACGAUAUAAAUGUUUAUUGGGCUGUAUGGCCCUGUCUAUUCUUGUAGGAGCAAUCUGCAAUGUAAUUGGUGCUAUCAUAUUUGGUGUACAGAUUGGUACGAACGAUUGGCAAUUGGGAUGGUGUUUGAUCGUGUGUAUCGUUGGUGGAGCUCUGGGUUUCGUCUCUUUUGUAGUAAUGGCCAUAGCAACUUUCAACAGACCUGAUUUCGCUAUCGAGCGCCAUUAUCCGUCAGGAUUUUACGUAGAUCCGUACAAAAAUAAGCUCUAUGUUGUUGAAAAUAUUGACCGAUAUGAAACAUUGAGUGAAAAAUCCGACUCUUCUCCAAUGGGUAUAAAUCCAUCUUAGAAUCUCAGCAUAAAUGCAGUUAGGUUGGACAGGAAUCCCAUUUUAAUUCAUACAAAUGCUUUCAUUCAUAAAAAAGUUCAAGCCAAAUAGGUUUGAUGUUAAAAACAGUAUAAAAUGGAUGAUAGCUUUUCCGGAGAAGUCAAUAUUAAUCGCUUUUGUUUGCUGAAAUAUUUGUUUACGUUUUCAGCAGCUGGCUUACAACUACUAUUAUUCAGUCUUCUAUCUCGUCUAUUAAACGGCGAAUUUAUAACCAAAUGUCAAAGAAGCCAACCGCUAUCUUCCUUAUGUAACUAACCAAUUUUCAUUCAAGCUUUGCAAGUAACCUAAGAUCUGUUCCAUUCCAUGUACAUAUAGAAUUCCCAAAGCAAAUUCAAAUUUCAGGAUUGGAAGUCACUCGAAACACCUUAGCCUUUUGCAAUAUCUAAUAGGCGUAUAUGUAAAAACACGCGAUAGGCCUAUGUGUAAAAAAAAAUCAAUCUAACUAAAAUUAUAAUUAUUGUUUCGUUAUAAUUCUUUUGGUUGGUCUCAACGACAAAAAAUAAUAUCGAAACGAAACUAUUAUCUGGUUUUAAUUGAAUUGGAAAUAAACGUACUACGCAGAGGAUAUGAACUUUCAAAUUUCACUUUCAAUUUGAUUGUAUAAGUGCUUUCUAAACAUUUUAAAUGUAAUUUUGUAGAUUUUAUAAGUAAUGUUAUAUUAAAGACUUUAUUAUAUUUUGUACUUAAUGCAAAUAUUCUUCAAUAAAAAUGUUUUUUUUUAUAUUUUUAA